CCAGAACCGGCUUUUUUUACACUUGCCGCAACCUUUUCUUACCAAUACCGUGCUCGUUGUGUCAUUUAUAGUUGCUCUGUAAUUAAGAGUUUGCAUGACAAAUUCAUAAAAUCAGGUGUUAAAGCCAUUAAUUUCUGCUUCAAUUGCUGACUUCCACAACACCAAGGUCUCUCUCGGCUGUGCAGCGGAUGAGAAAAAUUUUCUUUUGCGCUGUCUCCAAUUUGUAUUUGUAUAUUGAGGUGUACAGCCUCUAUUUUAUUGUGAACUUGCUGAGAGAUUGCAAGGUCCCUUUCAUAGAUUACGUUGAUUGAGAAAAAUUUUUUAUAACGCUGUCUCCAAAUUGUGAGAUCCAGUUUAGCUAUAAGUUUCAGUAAUUCUGUUAAGCAAACACUGUACAAAAAAGAAACUUGACUUGGAUUUGUUGAUAAUUUUUCGUAUGCUGAUUGAGUGUUCAGCUUGAUAAUCUACAGUAUAAAAUGCAUGCCAUUAUUUUCAUUAUUUCGAAAAUCUAAUAAGUGAAUACAUGCUUACAUUCUCAAGCACUAGAACUUUCAUAAAAAAUGCCAAGAUUGAAAGAAGGUGAAACUCCUAAAAGUAAUCGACAUAUUCGGAGAUUAGUAAAAAGAUCAACAGACAGUGAAUUGAAAGAGAUUUUAAAAAAUACAUUUAAAACCGACAAUGAGUCAGCGACUUUUUCUAAAUCAUUGCAAGAUUCUAUUUUAUCCGAGUCUGCUUUACUCGAGCAAGAUAGCGCAAUACAAAGAGAGCCCUUAUCACAAAGUGCAAAUGAAGUUUCUACCUCCACAGAUAUAUUGUCUUCCUCUUUAGAGUUGCAAGAAUUACCUGUAUUAGAUACUGGUUCGAUUGAUCAGGCUAUUAAUAAUGAACCUAAUCUACAAUUUACAAAUCCAUUUUUAGACUUUAAUAAAGAUAUUGGAAGAGCCAUUCUGGUUAUUAUAGUUGUAGUAAAUGUACUAUUGAAGAUGUAUAAAAACUAUGCAAUUGUUAUCGAUGAUCAGAAUGAAAAAUUGGUUGUUCCAUACAAAUGGUUAAAUAAAGAGAAAACUACCAUGUAUUGGCCAACAGGUCAAAAGGAUGUGACAAAAUUGAUUAUUAAUAAUGUAAACGUGCAAAAAGAUUGGGAGACGCUCAACAUACAGUAUAUAAGAAGUUCAGAUACAUAUACAGAUGCAGUAUCUGACAUGAAGUUACUAGGUGAUAAAGUUGAUGAAUUAACUGAUCCGAGCGAUGACAAUCGUGUAAAAAGAACUAGAAGUGAUAGGCACAAAAAAAAAUUAGAUGAUUCUUCAGACGAAAAUUCUCCUCCAAGUAAACAAUUAAGAAUAGAUUAUGCUACCGACAUAGUAGAUGGCAAUAGUAAUAUUAACAAAUCCUUUACAAACACUAGUAAAAAUAAUUUAAUAGUUCCUGCAACAAUAAAUAUCACUAACAGUGUCAAAGAUACAUCAACUUCCUCAAGUAAUAAGCCAUCGACGAGUCGAGUAACCGUCUCUAUGUCAGUAAAUGACGUUGAAGAUACUGAAAACUAUAUUAGUCUGUCAGAGAGACAAUUGUUGCUAUUAUCUUUAGCCAAUCAAAAGAAAAUUAUGACGAAGCUUAAUAACUUCAACGCCAGAAUUAAUCAAUUACAGUCAAAUGUAAAUAUAAGUGGUGCUUCUCGCGAAACUCAGCACAGUCUUUCCGAGAAACACCUGCAAAUCAUAGCCAAGUACUUCCCAAUCGAUGAAGAAACAAAACUUUUGGCUACUGUGGAAGAAAAAUUAAACAACCAUUCCUUCUACACAUUAGUUAUGUACCUGCAAAUUGGAAAAAUGUUUGAAAAGUAUUCUAGCAUAAAAAAUGUUGGUGGAACAAGUCCAAAAGCACAUUUAGACGCUAUGAUGAAAUACCUUGUAACGGACAAGGUCUUACAGGAGUACAGCUUUACUGGUCAAAGCAAACGAGCUAAUCUUCAAAAUAAAAGCUUUGUUUCAUUACAGCUAUACAAAGUCAUUUUUCAUUGUAUGAAAACUCUUUAUGGGAGUGAAAUUAUUACUGAUAAAACUAUCAACCGCUACAUUGCCAAUAAUUUGGAUACAGCUCGUACAAGAAUUAUACGACAAGAAAAGAAGGGUGUACAAAAUCAAACAUUGCCGGCACUAAGUCUUUCUUUAUUGUUUGAUGAGGAUGAAUUGGGAGAAUAAUCUUAAAAUAUUGAAACAUGAUCAAUAUGAUAUUUCUUUAACAUUAUUUAUUUAUUAUUUAAUUUAAUACUUUGAUCAAUAUUACUAUAUUAAUAUUUAUAACACCAUAUACUUAAUAUAACUACAUUUGUUUUAUUUUUGUAUUUAUGAAACUUUAUAUUUUUAUUUAUAAUUAAGUUUACCAUGAUGUAAACACAUCGUAAAAAAGCUUUUGUACGCAUUACUGAGUAUAUGAAACGUUCAUGAAAACACCUACCUUACCGGCAUUUACAGAACUUGAAAUAUUGCAGAAUCAAAGUUAGAUUAAAAAUAAAAACGCUUUUUUAGGGUGUAGAUAUAUGUCCAAGAAUUACUCAGUUCAAAUUUCACGCAAUUCUAUCGAAUGGUUCUUUCAAAAUUUGGUCAAGCAGCACCAAAUCUUAAUAAUUUCUUCAAGGUGUUAUCAGGGGCGUUUCAUAUCUCCUUAAGGGAAUUUCAAUUCAGGAUUAUUUAAACCCCUAGCAUUGCGUUAAGCACUUCCAUUUUUUAUUAUUAUUCGUUAAAAUUGAAAGAAAUUCAAUGUGAAAAUUCGAUAAGAAAUCUGCUUUAUGUAAUCUUUAUAAUGUA